AUGGCCAUGUUUCUUCUUCCUCUUAUAAUUUACUUAACAUCAUUCUCUAUCUUCUUUCCAUCUCCAUCUCAUGCAGCAGACACACUCACACCUUCAGACACUUUGAGAGACAAUCAAACCCUGGUCUCAGCCGGAGGAGUUUUCGAGCUCGGCUUCUUCAGCGAUUUAAUUUCAGGAAACCACUAUCUGGGAAUUUGGUUCAAAGCUGAUGCUGCCAAGGUUGUUUGGGUUGGUAACCGCGAAGCCGCCAUAUUAGAUUCCUCCGGUGUGCUCCAAAUUCGAUCAGGAAAUCUGCUUCUCUCCGACCGCCGGCAGCUGCAAGUCAUAGUCAACUCAGCAAAUGUUGCCUCCUCCCCCAACACAAUCGCAACACUUCUUGACACCGGAAACUUUGUUCUUAAAGAAGAAGAUACAGAUACUGUUAUAUGGCAAAGUUUCGAUGUACCAAGUGAUACAUAUCUUCCUGGGAUGAAACUAGGGUUGUUUGGCCAAAACACAACCCAACCAAGCUUUCACUUUCUGGUUUCUUGGGUAAGCCCCCAAAACCCUGCUCGUGGCCUCUUUACUUUAACCCUGGAUCAGGCCAACUCCACAAAGGUGGUGGUUUGGAGAGGAGAUGGACGCCAUAUGGAUAUCGCUUUCUGGGACGGGCACAACCUAAGGUUCAUUUUUGACAACACAAGUAGCAAAAAUGACUACAAUUUUAGCUACCACCCCAUUGGAGAAGAAGAUGCCUACUACACUUUUAGCAAGGGAAGAUACGAUCUCAUGUGGUUUGUGAUGGCUUCAACUGGAGAUUUGGACCAGUUUUUCUUAUUGGAUGGAAAUAUUUGGUCUAUAAGUCAUCGUUUGUGUGAAGACUUCGCUGGGGGUAAUACUGGAAAGUGCUUGAGUUCAUUGCCAUCUAUAUGUGAGAAUGGUGAUAGCUUUUCUGUGAUGAAUGGUUCGUUGCCAUCUACGUUUAAUAGUGGUGGCUGGAUUAAUAUGGGAACUAGCGAUUGUGAAACUUUGUGCAAGAGCAAUUGUUCUUGUACUGCAUUUGUUUCGGUUCAGAAUGGUCAACAAGUUUGCCAACUUUAUUAUCAGAGUAGAAAGGAUCUUUUGAAGAUUGUGAAGAAGGGGCCAGGUAUUGUUUACAUUCGUGGUGGUGCUACUUCUUCAAGUGGUAAGUACAAAAUCAUCCUAUAG